UCUUCAGCAUUCUCCUCCAAGCUCCGCCAUCACUACGUCCACCAGGAUGCCAUCCCGCCGCCCGAGCGCACGAGAAAGGUCCGAGGAGCGCGGCGGCCUUCCCCUGACCGAGCCUCACGUGGCGAGCGAUGCCGCCAGGACGCAGCAUGUCGUGUGUUAGAGGGGCCGAGCAGUGGGAGGUCAGGCCCGCGUCUGCCCUGCGGGGGAUCAGACGUGGCCGGGCCGGCAUGUGGCAGCGGCUGCAGAGGCUGUCCCGGGCCUGCCGACGCGGGGCGGGCUGUGCGGUCGGCUACAACGAUCCCGACCAUGAGGAGCAGGAGAUGGUGUGCCUUGAGCCCAUGGGAUCAGAGCCGAUGGAGAUGCGAAAGAGGCAGAUGUCGGUGCAGCAGGAGUCGGCAGCGGGAGGAACCGCAGCAACCCAGCAGGUUCAGGCGGGCCAGGCCAACCCGCGGCUGUCCAACGCAUGCUGCUUCUGCUGGUGCUGCUGCUGCAGCUGCUCCUGGAACGAGGACAGAGACGACAGGAACCGAAAGACAUCCUACGACGUCAAAGAAGGGACAGUAGACUGUGAAGACUGCCCCAAGCCCACGCUGGAGGAGGUGCACUCGUGGGCCCAGUCCUUCGACAAGCUGAUGUGCUGCCCUGCUGGGAGGAACUCCUUCCGCCAGUUCCUGCGCACCGAGUUCAGCGAGGAGAACAUGCUCUUCUGGCUGGCGUGCCAGGAGUUUGGCAAGGAGAGCAACAAAAGCGCUAUUGAGGAGAAGGCCCGGGUCAUCUACGAGGACUACAUCUCCAUCCUCUCCCCGAAAGAGGUGAGCCUGGACUCCCGCGUACGCGAGACCAUCAACCGGAGCAUACAGGAGCCCAACUCGCACACCUUCGACGACGCCCAGCUGCAGAUCUACACCCUCAUGCAAAGAGACUCGUACCCCCGCUACAUGAACUCUGCCGCCUACAAAAACCUGCUCAACGCUCUGUCCGAGCAGUCCCCCGAGUCUUAAGACCUCCCCCGUCCUCGACUCCUCAUUUUUUGGUUUUUGCUUCCUAGUUUCUUUUUUUGUGUCCAGUGCGGGAUUACACCAACCCCGGGAAUCUUAGCUAUCGUGAUCCGCACCUGACCGCCGACACUCAGGUCUCAGCAACUUGCGAGGGCUCCACAUCACAAGUACUGCUACACGUACGACAUAGCAAAAUACUCCAAAAAUACUUUGCUUUGUUCUUGUUUCUUUGGAUAGAAAUAUUAUAUUUUAUUUCAGGGUUUUUUAUUUGUACAUUAUUUUUGUUAAGGGGCACGGUUAUGUAAUGCCUACUUUAUGAUAUAUACAUAUAUAUAUACAUACACACAUAUAUAUACAUAUAUAACUAAUACAUACACAUGCAUAUACAUAAUUACACAUAUAUAUUAUAGACAUACAUAUAUAUAUAAUAUAUAUGAGUUUGUAAAUAGUACAAAUGAGUAGUUAUUUUACGUGGGGACACCUGGUUCUAUUUAACUGCGUAUGAAAAUCAAAGCUCAAGGCAAAGGCUAUACGCUAGCUUGACUUGCAGGCAGCUUUGUGUGUGUGUGUGUGUGUGUGUGUGUGUGUGUGUGUGUGUGUGUGUGUGUGUGCGUGGAGGUACCCUUGGAAGGUAGUUUUAAUUUGAAGCAUUAUUUUUAAAAACACAACCUCACUUUCCGGUGCGUGUGACUUGGCAACUCCAGUUCGGUAGGACUUGACAAGCCUGGUUUUUGUGCGAUGUGAGAAAAUGUAUAUUUGUACGAUAUCCUCUCCGGAGCCAGCAUCCUCUGCAGUGGACUUUUUUUUUUUUUUUU